CGGCAGUAAUCCGACCCAGCCUGCGCGAGGACUGAAGAGGCGCACGGAGAGCCUCGAGCUGCGAACAAAAGCCCUCGGCGCGGGGCCGGAGACCGGGACAUAAGACUCCACAAAGGAACAGCUCAGCCAUGGUGGACCCCGUGCCUGAAGAAGAGAAGGCGGGAGCCGAGCCUGGAGGUCCGGGAGGGAACGGAGCCUCCGCGCUAGUGCCCGCUGACGCCCAGGGCGCCCAGCAGCCGGCUGCCGCUUCGCCUUCGGCUUCGGCCUCUGCGGCGGUGCCCCACAAGGCUGAAGUCCCGUGCGCAACAGAAGGUGGACGGCGGGAGCAGUCUCCAUUGCUGCACCUCGACCUCUUCAACUUCGACUGUCCAGAGGCGGAGGGCAGCCGCUACGUGCUGACAAGUCCCCGCUCGCUAGAGGCUUGCGCUCGCUGCGCCGUCAAGCCAGUGGAGCUGCUGCCACGGGCCCUGGCAGACCUGGUUCGCGAGGCCCCCGGCCGCUCCAUGCGAGUGGCUACCGGCCUGUAUGAGGCCUACGAGGCGGAGCGGCGAGCCAAACUGCAGCAGUGCCGGGCUGAGCGCGAGCGCAUCGUGCGCGAGGAGAAGCGGCGUCUCUUCACGCCGAUGGGCCCAGCGGCUGCAGUGGCCGCGGCCUCCGCCCCCAGCGCGGGCAGCUGCAGCAGCGCCAGCCUUCCGGCCUCACCCGCGCCGCGUGCGGCCCGCAAGGCCGCCUCCAGUCCGUCCCCGGCCCGGACUCAACCUCCGCCCGCGGGUUCGCGGGCGGGAAGAAAGAGCCAUUCGCUAGAUUCGCUGUCCCGCCGGCGCGAGGGCGCCCUCAGCUCUGAGUCCGGCGCUUCGUCUUCGUCCUACAGCGGAGAGAGUCUGCGGGAUCUUUGCUGGCCGCCGCGGGCCUCGGCCAGAAACAGCUGCCCGGCGGGGUCGGCCUCCCCCGCGUCCAACCCUCUGGGCCGCCCGGGCGCCCUCGCCCUGAUUCCACUCACCGGCCGCAGCUUUAGCCUCGGCGACCUGAGCCACUCCCCGCAGACUGCUCAGCACGUGGAGCGCAUCGUGCGUCAAGUGCGCGCCGAGCGGGGCCUGCGCAGGGUACCCGAGCGCGACCGAAAGAUCGCGGCGCUCAUGCUGGCGCGGCACCAGGAGGAGCGCCUGUUGCUGGAGCAGCGCGCCGCGGCCCACGGCCAGUGGGAGCAGCAGCGUGUGCGCGCCGAACAGCGGCGGGAGCGCGAGGAGCGCGAGAAGCAGCGCGCCCUGGAGCAGGGUCGCCGGGCCUGGGCUGCGCAGGUGGAGGAGCGGCGCGGCCGCCGGGGCCGCGAGGAGCGGGAGGCGGCGCGGCGGCGGCAGCGGCAGUGCGAGCGCAGCGAGGAGCGGCGGCGGGAGCUGGCCGAGCACCAGGGCCUGCUGCGGCGGGAGCGGGCGGAGCGCGCGGCCCGGGAGGACCGGCUGCGCAAGCUGCACCAGGAGCAGAACCUGAAGCAGCGCGAGGAGGGCCUGCAGGAAGGGCGCGAGCGGGCCGAGCAGGUCUGCAGGGAGCGCUCCCAGCGCGCGGUCCGCACCAAGCAGUGUCAGGACGGCCAGCUGCAGCGAGAGAAGCGGGAGCUGAGCCGGGCCGAGCGGGCACGUCACGAGGCGCUGCUGCAAGGCCGGGCCCGGCAGGAGCAUGAGGAUCGGGAGGGCCUGCGGAGCUCCCUGGAGGCCAGCUUGGGCCGCGCGCAGGAGAACUAUGAGCAUUUGGUGGAGCAGCGCACCCGGGAGCUGCACGAGCGGGCCCGGCGGGAAGAGCUGCAGGGUCGGCGCGCCAAGGAGGCAGCAGAGCGCAAAGAGCGCGAGCAUCAGGCGCACCUGGAGGCGCUGGCCCGGGCAGGGGAGCUGCGACUGCAGCACGCAGCGCAGGCCGCCGAGGAGGCGGUGCAGCAGAAAGCGCGGCGCGUGGGCCAGAGCCGGUUGGAGAAGGAACGGGCCCAACGAGCCAACAAGGAGAAAGUGGAGAGGGACGAAGACUGCCGCCGGCGGGAGCUCCUUCAAGCCAUCGGGCGCAAACUGGAGCGCAGCGAACAACUGUCGCGCGAGCGGCGUAGCGCGCUAGAGAGCGCCCGUUCCACAGCCCGGGCCUCCUUCCACGUGCGCGAGAAGGUGCGCGAGGAAACCAACACGCGCUCCUUCGACCGCAUGGUGCGGGAAGCCCAGCUGCGCGCCAGCCUGGACCGCAAAUGACCGCCUCUCUGAGCCGGUCAGUUAGCCACGCGCAGCCCUGUGGAGCCUCCCUUGGCCACUUUGACCCGACUGUGGGAAUCUCCUGCCAGGGCACAGCAUCUUGGCCUCCCCAGGCUUCUGUCCAGUGAGGCAAUGAGACAGAAUGGACAUGUGAAAACUCAGCCACUUUGUUUUUAAAGUCUGCCUUCGUUUGGAAAUGACAGGACAAUCGUGAUCAUAUCUGCCCUUGGUUCCCACACCAACCCGUGCCAAGCUUCCCUGUGUGUCCUGGGGUUGGAACAGAAAAGAGCUGGGAGAAAGGGGCUGGGUCAGGACUAGGGAAGGGACCCCAAGGAGAGCGUGCAGAGGUGGUUGUCCCCUCUGCAACCAUCACCCCAGCACCUUUCGCAUAUUGGUGUCUGAGGCGACUGAGGUCACUGUAGCUGAAGAGGCAGCUCCUUGGCUCACCUCCGUUUUUUAAGUAUGGCACGUUGCACAAAGCCUGGAGGCCUCGCAGAAAACCACAGCUCUUCAGAGAUGUUAGGCUGCACUCAGGUGGCCCAAAAAGCUAUUGAUUUUUGUAUGGUUGACUUUUAAUCUGCCACUUGAGCAAAUUCUGGUCUUAGUUCUGAUGGUUUCUCAGUUGAUUCCCCUAGUUUCUCCAGUUAGACAAUCAUGCAAAUAAUGGGCAAGUUGUGUCUGUUUUCCUCUCUCCUAAUUCUCCCAAGUGACACAAAAAAUCGGUGGGUUUGGUGAUGCUAUUUAGCUUUAUUGGAAGCCCCCAGCCUCUGAGGGAGGUGAAUUCCAUAGGCAGCAGUGUACCCCCCUCCCUCCGAUUACAUUUGCAGGGUAAUUUCUGGAGAGGCGGUGUUUGAUGGCCACCUCCUUGUGUGGAGCCCAUUCCUCAAAGACAAUAGUCAGGCCUUAAGAAGUAGAGCUACCUUGUGUGCCUGCCCAGGCCCAGCCUGCCCACAUCUCCAGCCCUGGAUGCCAUCCCAAGGGCGGGCCCCUGGGAUUUUGGAGUGUAGGAUUCCCCCCGUGAGGGAAUCAUCACAGCUGCUCUGAGGGCAGGGUGCCUUGGCGGCUGGCGCUGACUCUGAGUUGUGCUUCACUAUCGUUAAUGGUGUCACUUCUCCUCCUCCCCUCCCCGACAUGAAAGGAAAAGAGAAUCUCCCUCCUUAAAUUCCCCCAUUUCCUCUCACCUAGGCCUGAAAGUAUUCAAUGGUCUCUCUGUGCCUCACCUUUCCCACGGGCCGGAGGGGGCCAUCAGUACUCUUCUCCUGGUACCUCAAAGUCUCCCAGAGCCAAAGCACCGCCUCAGUAUUAUUUGUUGGUCUUCUUCGUGCCUUUCUUGACCUGGAGCCAGGAGGCAGGAGGGCUGCUGUUGGCCUCAUUUAUUUCUGGGAAUAUGGAUUCCUGGCAUUGGAAGGGGCAAUGUGUCCUGGCCUGAUGGUCAUUUAGCCUCUGGGGAAACAUACUUGCAAGACCAGGCCACUCCCCAGUCCAGAAAGUCCCAUUCCAUUGUCCUCUAACUUUAACCGUUAGAGAAUUUCCCUUCCAUGGAGUCAAAAUCCACUCCCAGCCAUACCACCCACUGGCUCUGCUUUCAUCAGGGAAGGUAGAAAGUAAAACAUUACUUUUUACAUUAAAUCAGGAUCAGGAAAUAAGUUACCAAAAUAAAAAAAAAGAAUCAGGGUAGAGAACUGCUCUAUUAGACAUAUUUCAUGUAUAUUCUGCUGGGCAGAAUUGUCCCUAAAACACCUGAUAUUAUUCUCACCCUAGAUGAAUCCUCCCUCCCCUCAAUCACAUGUCAACAAGUAUCAGAAUAUUGUGUAGAAGGAACCAGUACUAAGGUAGUACACUUCAGCUGUUGUGAAACCAGGAAAGGAGCUGUGCCAAGGUGUGCAUCUUGAAUGGAUGAAUUUUUCCCUCAAAUUUUCUUCUUGUCAGCAACCAGUAUAGUGAACUGUAAUAACCGGCAUUGUCUGUGAGUGAGGUCUUAAACUAAAAGGUCAGUGUGAUACUAGUUCUUACUUUGUGGUUCCUGACUUGCUAGAGAGCUUUUGAAACCUUGAUAGAAAGUUCCACCUAAAAUUAUGUACUUCUGAAGUAUGUGCAUUCACGUGAGAAGGAUGGAACCUGGUUUUUUUGAAUGAGGUACUGAAAGGUACUUAGGUGAUCUUGCAGUUUGUUUUCUGACUUACUGAGUGACUGUGGGUAGAUCACCUCUCUGGGCCUUGGUUUCCCUACCUGUAGAAUGGGGAUCAUGGUUGCAGCCCUCCAGAUAAAAACACUGUGAGAAGGACUCACAAUCUCAGCGGUGCUCUCAGCUCUACGACUUCGGAACUGCAGGUGGAAUCACUAUAAAUAGAAAAGUUCUUGUGCCUGUACUAGGCCUAGAGAGUGUAAUGUACUGUUGUGACUUAACACAGAAAGGAAUGGUCUUGAAAAGCACAUUACAGAUCAUGGUAUUACCUGUGAGGCAAAGGCCCAGGUCUGAAUGUUACCAGAUUUGAGUUUGCACUUACAGAAAAGCACUGUGAAAAGGAAAAGCUUUUAAAAAUCCAUAUAGCUAAGUAGAAUUAAAG